AUGGCCAAACUAGCUCAGUUUCACCUCCUUCAAACCUCAUUAAGCUCCAAACCACCAUCUUUGCCUAGUCUUUCUUCAACCUUUACCUUGUUGGAUGACUUGGGUCAGUUGGGUGAACUCAAGAGUUUGAAUUCAGUGAAAGCAGUCCAUGCCCAGAUGAUCAAAAUGUCCAACAACAACAAAAUGGAUGUAAAGGGGAAGUCUUUGGUCACUUAUUACUUGGAGUUUGGUGAUCCCAGGUCAGCUGCAAUGGCUUUCUUUGUGGGUAGUUCACAUUAUCUUCCAUGGAGUAGUUUCCUAGAAGAGUUUAGAAGGUUUGGGAAUGAUCCAGAAGAUAUUCUCAAGUUCUUUGUUGAGUUUUGUAGUGGGGGAGUAGUUUUUGACAGCAGAGUUCUUUGUUUUGUUUUGAAACUCUGUGGAAAUUUGAAGGAAUUGUGGCUUGGGUUGGAAAUGCAUGCUUACUUGAUCAAAAGGGGGUAUGAUUUGGAUGUUUAUUUGAAUUGUGCAUUGAUUAAUCUUUAUGGGAAUUGUUUGGGUAUAGAAAGUGCCAACCGGUUAUUUGAUGAAAUGGCUAAGAAAGAAGAUAUGUUGUGGGAUGAGGUAAUCAAGCUCAACUCCAAGAAUGGGAGAUGGUUGAAGGUUCUAGAAUUGUUCAGGAGUAUGCAAUUGACAUUUGCUAAACCCAAUAGUGCUACAAUCAUCAAUGCGCUUCAAGCUUGUGGGAAAAUGAGAGCUCUCAAUGAAGGAAAGCAAAUUCAUGGGUAUGUUUUAAGAUGGGAAUUAGAAUCGAGUUUGGCAAUAUGCAAUUCCCUUAUUAGCAUGUACUCUAGAAAUGACAGACUAGAAUUAGCUAAAGCUGUUUUUGAUUCAAUGAAUGAUCAUAACUUAUCUUCGUGGAACUCGAUUAUUUCUUCUUAUGCUGCACUUGGUUGCUUGAAUGAUGCUUGGAUUGUUUAUAAUAAAAUGGAGUCGUCGUCGAAUGUCAAGCCAGACAUUGUGACUUGGAAUUGCCUCUUGUCUGGCCAUUCUCUUCAUGGCUUGUAUCAAGAUGUACUUACCAUUAUGAAGAGAAUGCAAGAUGCCGGGUUCAAGCCUAAUUCAAGUUCUGUUACUAGUGUUCUUCAAGCAGUUACUGAAUUAUGUUUCUUGAAGCAUGGGAGAGAAAUUCAUGGUUUUGUGAUUAGAAAUGGGCUCGACUAUGAUGUAUAUGUAGGAACUUCUUUAGUAGACAUGUAUGUGAAGAAUAAUUGCUUAUCAUGUGCUCACAUUGUCUUUGACAACAUGAAUAACAAAAACAUUUUUGCAUGGAACUCCUUGAUAUCAGGUUAUUCCUUCAAGGGUCUUUUUGAAGAUGCUGAACAGCUAUUAAACAGAAUGAGUCGAGAAGGAAUCAAACCGGACAUAGUGACAUGGAAUGGUUUGAUUUCAGGGUAUGCAAUGAAGGGUCGCCAUAAGGAAGCUAUAGCGGCAAUUCAUCGGAUGAAAAGUUCAGGGUUAACCCCUAAUGUGGUUUCAUGGACUGCUCUUAUAUCAGGUUGUUCACAAAAUGAGAAUCAUGCUGCAUCCCUCAAGUAUUUUGUUCAAAUGCAAAAAGAAGGUAUCAAGGCAAACUUCGUCACCAUAUCCAGCCUACUUAAAGCUUGUGCAGGACUCUCUUUGUUGCGUAAGGGUGAAGAGAUACACUGUUUCAGCAUACGAAUUGGUUUAGUUGAGGAUGUAUAUGUAGCCACAGCCCUCAUAGAUAUGUACAGCAAGGCAGGCAAUUUCAGAAGUGCCUAUGAGGUUUUUAGGAUGAUUAAAAACAAGACAUUAGCUUCUUGGAAUUGCAUGAUUAUGGGAUUUGCUACGUAUGGCUCUGCGAAAGAGGCUAUUUCUCUUUUCAAUGAAAUGUGUGGAGCUGGUCUGCAGCCGGAUGCUAUAACCUUCACAGCUUUGCUUUCUGGUUGCAAGAACUCAGGUUUAGUCGAUGAAGGAUGGGAGUUGUUUGAUAGUAUGAGCACAGAUUACAACAUAGCUCCAACUAUUGAGCAUUUCUCUUGCAUGGUAGAUAUUCUUGCAAGAGCUGGUUAUCUUGAUGAAGCUUGGGAUUUUAUUCAAACAAUGCCAUUAAAGCCAGACGCCACUGUAUGGGGUGCUUUUCUUGCUUCCUGCGUAACACAUAAGUACUUGGAGUUUGCAGAGACUGCAGCAAAGAAUCUUUUUGAGUUGGAACCUCAUAAUCCAGCCAAUUAUGUCCUGAUGAUGAACUUAUAUUCAAUGUCCAACAGAUGGGAGGAUGUGGAACGUCUUAAAGACUUGAUGAAGAAAGUAGGGGUGAAACAUAGUCCUGUCUGGAGCUGGACACAAAUUGAUCAAAAAAUCCAUAUGUUCAGUGCAGAAGGGAAACCACAUCCAGACUUGGGAGAAAUAUAUUUUGAAAUGUACAAUUUGAUUUGCGAAAUGAAGAAACUAGGCUACGAGCCUGACAUUAGCUGUGUGUGUCAAAACAUUGAUGUCGUAGAGAAGAAGAAGAUGCUGCUGAGUCACACGGAGAAAUUGGCCAUUACAUAUGGACUGAUGAAGAUGAAAAAUGGGAAACCUAUCAGGGUGGUUAAUAACACAAGGGUCUGUUCUGAUUGUCAUACUGCAGCAAAAUACAUGUCUGUGGUGCGAAAAUGCGAGAUUUUCCUCAAAGAUGGUACUCGGUUUCACCACUUCAGGGAAGGAAAGUGCACCUGCAAUGACUGCUGGUAA